AUGGGGAAAUCAUCCUUCUUCCUUUUCUGGAAGAUUAACGUUAAAAAAAAAAAAAAAUACUUCAUUUAUAUUCUACUUGCUAUAACGAUAAUUCCAAACUUUUUCCCCAUCAGCGCUAAAGAUAAGAAAAAACUAAUGCUCCUUGUGCGAUUUCAUCCAGGAUCCCCUCAGGAUAAUCAUUUGGUCAUUUUGACAUCGAACAACACGUUGAGACUUUAUCAAUUGCCACUGAGCGACGGGAUGGGAACCGAAAAAUCAUCCGCUCCCGAAUUCAUUCGCACGUGGUUUUUGGGUCAAAGGUCGACGACGGAUGGAAAAGAAUGGAAUUUGAGCGGGAGCAAAUUACCCUUUUUGGUCGGAUUGGGAGAAAUGGCGGUGGAUUUUGAUUUUGCUCUUCCGAUCGUCGAGAUUUUUCAACGGCGGAAUCAAAAUUUAUAG